AUGGCCGAGGAUAGUGAUGAGAAUGGAAGCAAGAAGAAGGUGUUUGAUGUUCAGAGGAUUGCUGCAGCUGGAGCCAGCCGGUUGCUGCUGUUCACUCUUCCGUUGGCAGAUUCUCAGAAUGUGGAGCACUUGAGAUUGGCCCUGACCAAUCCAAAUGCUUAUUGCUCAUUAAGGGCUUGUGUUGCACCUAUUCCACAGUCUUUUACUCUUCACGGACUAUGGGAUCAGAAUUUUGUAAAGAUUAGUGGAAUAACCCCCUUGAAGUCAAUUCAUCUAAGAGCAGUUUCAACUCAAGAUCUUCUCACCUAUUGGCCAGACCUGUCUGCAGAUCGAGCAACCCAUGGGAGACUCAACUGCUUUUCAUUUUGGAGGCAUGAAUGGGGAUCCCAUGGUGCACAUAUAUGUGCAAGGUUUGGCUGCAGAAGAAUCGACUAUUUCAAUUGGUGUCUUAAACUUGCAAGCCAAUGCAUCAACGACCUCGAAGCUCUUUUUGCCAAAUACGGGAUUAUUCGGGAUGGAAAGACCAUGUAUGAUCCAAGAUAUGUACGCAGCAUUAUCUUUCGAGAGCUAGAGGUGCAGGUGUUGGUGAUAUGCAAGCCUCUGCGUGACAGUUACAUUCUCUUUGAAAUUCAUUUUUGCUUGGAUAUGACAUUGGACUUUGCGGAUUGUACCAACUGGUACAGGGAGGAUGCGAGUUAUGUGGAGUGCUAUGGGGAAGGCUAUAAUCUGCAGCCAAUAGUUUUCCCUUCUGAUCCGCUUCCACUUGAAGAAAUGUCUGAGCCACUUCGUGGAGAACUGUAA